AACUGCAAUAGAUUUGAGAGGAAAAGAUAGUCGUUUUAACUGUCCUACCUGUUCGCCUACAUUAUUUCGUGAACAGCCCUUUGUAUAGCACCGCUUUUUGUGACGGAUUUUAUUUCAUUUAACAAAGAAUGUAUGGUAUUUGUUUUAACUUUUUGGACCCCUCCAUGCAUCGAAAUUAAUGCAAGUGAGAAAUUCUCGGUGUUUUCGCCAUUAUUAAAAGAGGCAACCCAGCGGGGGACUGGAAGUUAAGGAACGUAGAUCAGAUAUUCACAUCUGCCGAGUACGGACGAAGAGAGGAAAGACGAAGGAUCACUGCCAUGGAUGCGAUUGCAUAACCACUUCAAAAUGUACUCUCAGAUAUUCCUCGUAUUAGGGCUGCUUGCGGCGCUGGUAAAGAUUUCAGUCAGUGAAGAAAUCGAUCGCUGGACGUUUAGCAAAUUGUCAAACGACGAAACCGAAUUCCCUAACGUUCAUAGUAAUCGCAGACCGUUCAAGGUUCAUGGAGGUAAUCCGUCUGUUGUGGAUGACAUGGGUCUGCUUAGCCUGCCCGGGGACGGCACCUUCCUCAGAGCUCCCGACCCACACGGACUACCAAGCAAUGCCUCUGUCGGAUUUUGGAUGAAACAUGGAGGCUUCCACUCGCAUAUCCUCGGAACCGAAAAUAAAUACCACGAGAAGCUAGAUGAGUGGCUGUCUCCAUACUUCCAGUCCAACUCCUCCAAAUGGACCCGGUGCUUCAGGGCCGCUGAAGAGAACUGGGACGCAUCUAAACUAAACAAUAACUGCAAUAACAAAGGUCCGAUUGUGAUGAUCGUCAGAGUCGGUCAGCUGAUUUUUGGAGGCUUCCUCAGCACAUCUUUAACAGGCUCAGGUUAUGUGAAAGAUUCCUCAGCCUUCAUCUUCAGUUUGAAAAACGCGAACGAUUUGGCCCCAUUCAAGUGCAACGUAAGGCCUGAUAAAUGGGCGGUGAGGAGCAAUGAUGGGCACUUUCCGAGUUUCGGUGAUGGCGACAUUAGUCUCUUUUCAAUUGAGAAUUCGUCCUCAAGUAACUUGGGGAAUACAUACGAUGUUAAUGACAUAGACAUUUCAGACGAAGAUAAGAUGAAGGUGCUCGCUGGUGCACAUUACUUCAGACCGCAAGACUUGGAAAUCUUCUACAGACAGCCUCUAUACCCGAAAGAAAGUGAGGGCAUAAAGCAAAAUAGAGAUAGAAGAACUGUGACCUUAAGUCUAAGGUCAUGGACGAAAAAUAGUGAUCAACAAUCUGGUUCGUCCUACAUCAAAAUCAACAACGAGAUGCACGUGUACGGAACAUCCGAACAAACAGGCCUGAACAUCAUCGCUAUCAGUCGAGAAACUGGUGAAAUAUUCACACUUCCAAGCAUGGUUCAUCAUAUCCAGUCUCCAUUCAAACAGCAGAUCGAUCAACUUCCUCCUCGCGUCGUCAUUAUAGCUGUUGGGCAAAACAAUUACAGGAAAGAUGGAUUUGGCCCACUCGAUACUAGUAAUUUCGGUUUAGAUGAUUAUGUAAAUUCAAAUGAGGAACUGUUCGGUUAUGAGCCAUAUUCCUAUGCGUUAAUAGCGACGAAGAAAACGGAUUCAGAACCUAUCUUCUACAAAAAUGUGUCCACAACAGGCAUAGCAUCUUUAGAGGCGCAGCUUGUUCUAGAUGUAAGCACGUACGUUCUGAGUAGCGGUGGCGACUCGAUGGAAUCAACUGGUAUUGCGAUGUUCCGGGUCUCUGCGAGGCCAGACUCCUCCCGAUGGCUAAUCCAGUUAGCCCGCGAGACGCAGGUCACUCGCCUGGAGCUGCCCGGUAUCCCUGUGGGCUGGUUGCACGUGUUUUUGACUUGGAGCGAAGUUAAUGGUCUGCGUUAUUACGAGAACGGGGUGCUCAAAUUAGAUGGGACCAUCAAGGAACAUACACCAAGCAACAGAUCUUCGCCUCUGGGUGAGAUCAUGAUCGGCAGAGGUGUGGCAGGAUAUAACCUGACUAUCAACACAAACAUGGCGAUGUAUGGCUUGACCUUGUUCAAUAAUGAGCUUUCAGCGGAACAAGUCAUGGAUCAUGUGAAUACAAUUUAUCUGACCCCGGUGAAUGCUACGAUUGCGAAUUACAGUAAGGAUUCUCCGGGCUGGCACACGAAAGAUGACGGGUCAAUGUCAAUGCCGGGCGGGUACCCCAAGGGGACAAAAUUCCAGUCGAUUUCAAUUGCAUUACUCCCCACCUAUAACUGUGUGAGCUUCAAGUAUCGCCUACACGGAGAGGGUAUUGGACGCUUAAAUGUGUACAAGGCGCAAAUCAGUACUGCGCAUAUUGAUAUGAUAUGGUUCAAGACUGGCAACCAAGGGAGAAACAGUGAUUUUGUGCAGCUCAAUGUCAACUCCUCGCAUCCUUUUAAGAUCGGCUUUGAAGCGAUCUCUGGAGGAAGUUUCCAUGGUAGCAUCACCAUAACGCAAGUGAAAGCUUCCACAAAUGCGAGCUGUGUUGACUUGCCACAGACUCCCCCUAUGGCCCAUGCAGUUUUCCCUUCAGCGAUUAUAGCUCACCUUCCAGAAUAUACAAAAAAUCUAAAUGGAUGGCUGACCGAACAAGGGUUUGGGAAUAAAGUGUGGUCCCGGUGCCAACACACCGUAUCCAGUGCUGCACCUAACCGUGACGCCAUGAUGUCAUGCAUGUCGAGCUCGCCCGUCAUAGUGCUGAAACGAAACAAUGAUAUAGUGUCUGGAGCCUUUUUUGACAACUACGAACUCUUCCGAGAAGCCAAGUCAUCGUCAAGAAGCUGCUCCACCAGCACUAAAGCAUUCAAUUUCACAUUUCCUGAUAAUGUGACUCUUAUCAAGUCUGACUGUGCAUUACGUCUCGGGGACCAAAUGAUCUCUUUUGAAGAUUAUCAGUUUUCAUUAGAACCAGACCAGCUGAUAUCAGAAUCUGAAAUGCUUUACUUAAACGGGAGCGCAUGCACGUCAAAUUUACGCUCUGGUCAGCAGUGUGAUGAGAUUACCGGUAAAAUCGUGUGCGAUCCAAGCCAGCGUGACGUGGAAUGGUGCCGAAUAGGUAAACACUUGUCUACAUCCAACAUCACAGCCGACGCCGUGCUCUAUUUCCCUCUUGACGAUCCUCACGCUCUUAAAAACCUGAGGGCUCCUAUGUGGGCUCGGACUCCAACCGAUACAAGUCAAUGCUAUGACCCAAUCCAAGGGGGUUGUGUAUCGAUGAAAAAUCCUUUUAGAACGCAGAUGAUAAACACUUGUGGUAAACAGAUGUGGCUGGGAUGCAAUCUUGCUGUAUCGUUUUGGCUCAACUUUCCUAGUAUUUCACCUUCUGGGCAAAAAUAUGUGGAGAUAACACAUCCACCACACUCUUUCUACGACCCCUUCAUCAGGAUUUUCCACCUCUCAGAAGAAGGAAAAAAUUUUGCAGUUGAGAUAAAAAAUGAUUCAAAUUUGGUUUGCCAAUACGUCUUUUUCCUCUUGCCCGCAAUAUGGAACCACAUCGUUUUCACUUUGGAAGGUUACGGGAAGAUUUCCCUUUUCUUAAAUGGUAUCGAAAGCAGUUAUGACCAGAAACCUUGUAAGCCAAGAUCUGACCAGGGGAGUUAUUCUUCGUCUUUUGAGGACAGCGUCUCUUCGUACUCAAUAGACGAACUGGUAGUCUGGGAAAGAAGACUGGAUGCUAAAGAGGUUAUUGAGCUCUACGACUACUACAAGGGCCUUCCUGAUCUGACCGCAGUGUGGAUGAUGUUACUUAAAGAUGUUCCCUGGAAUGACAGAUAUUACCAGCCUUCAAGCAAUGAGUCCGUGGAGCUUGAAAAAACUCUAGGCGAUAACCUUGAUGGAUACCCCGUUGACAAUCCUGUGACAAACUGGACAAUCGAAGCGAUCACAGCUGCUGCUGGUAUGACUUCUGUGACGCUCAAGCUUCGAUUCAGUGGCAGAGACAUUCCCAAAACUUUCGUGGAUAUUCCCAAUAUAUCCAAACUUAACACCUUGAACGUCAUGACUGAAACGCUUUCUUUUAACGACGUGAUCACUGCCGCUAUUAAACUACACUCUCCUUCGAAAAACUCAAUUUCUGUCCACCUUCAGUGGGAGCAGCCAACGAAUAAGCCUACCAGAUUCCGUGGGAUAUUCCAGGGAUAUCUUAUCUCAUACUACCCUGUACUCUUGGAGGGAGAAGAGCUAGCGAUUUUAAACACAACUUUGAGAGGAGCGAUAACCUCCUUCAAUGUUACCGGUCUGCUCCCGGGGACGAACUACUCUUUUACCGUGAGACCCAUGACGCUAGAAGGCCUGGGAACGAUCGAAACAGUUACAGUCAUGACGUCAGAUAUCCCUCCUGGAGUUGCUCCUAAUAGUGUCUCCGUAACCAACGUCAGCGUGGGAGUGGUACUAGUCGAAUGGUCCGCGAUCGACCCUGUUCAUAUCUUAGGAUCACCACUUUCCAAGUAUGAAGUAGUAUGGUCCGAUCCAAGUUCAUCCGAGCUCAUUUCCAUGGCUAAAACACGUCCUGAUGUAACUAACUUCACGAUCUCUGGGUUGAAAAAUUUCACAAGAUACUCUGUGGUGGUGAGGGGUGUUAACACCAUUGCAGGCCCUGUCAGCGACACAACGUAUUUCUACACAAUGCACGGCGUCCCCGAAGCACCGGUUAUCGGGCUAGUCGAUGCCACCAAGAACUGCAUUUACCUGAGCUGGCAAGAAAUCCCCGAGUCGCAGAGGUAUGGCAUCCUGGCUGGGUACAUGGUCGAGGUGAACGUGUCGCAUCCUGGAGGAAACAGGGUAUUAAUGGUCAGAUGUCUACAAGCGGAGCUGUGUAAUCUCACCGCCUUCACGCUGUUUGAAGUGACCGUUAGUGCAUUCACGCCGGCGGGACGCGGGCCUGGAAACUCGCGCGUGCAGCGCACAGGAGAAGAUGCUCCUGGAGUUGCUCCUAAUAGUGUCUCCGUAACCAACGUCAGCGUGGGAGUGGUACUAGUCGAAUGGUCCGCAAUCGACCCUGUUCAUAUCUUAGGAUCACCACUUUCCAAGUAUGAAGUAGUAUGGUCCGAUCCAAGUUCAUCCGAGCUCAUUUCCAUGGCUAAAACACGUCCUGAUGUAACUAACUUCACGAUCUCUGGGUUGAACAAUUUCACAAGAUACUCUGUGGUGGUGAGGGGUGUUAACACCAUUGCAGGCCCUGACAGCGACACAACUUAUUUCUACACAAUGCACGGCUUCCCCGAAGCACCGGUAAUCGAGCUAGUCGAUGCCACCACGAACUGCAUUUACCUGAGCUGGCAAGAAGUCCCCGAGUCGCAGAGGUAUGGCAUCGUGGCUGGCUACAUAGUCGAGGUAAACGUGUCGGAUCCUGGAGAAAACAGGGUAUUGAUGGUAAGCUGUCUACAAGCGAAGCUGUGUAAUCUCACCGCCUUCACGCUGUUUGAAGUGACCGUUAGUGCAUUCACCCCGUCGGGACACGGGCCUGGAAACUCGCGCGUACAGCGAACAGGAGAAGAUGUCCCUACUGGGGUCCCAUCAAAUCUAAACAUUACCAAUGUCGGCAAACACAACUGUAGCUUGUCUUGGGAAGAAAUACCAGUCCUAGAACGUCGUGGUGUCAUUUCCCAUAUUGUCAUGUUUUGGCCUGAUGGCGACAGUGACAACCACCGAACGGCUGCUGUUGGUUCCUCGACGAACGCCACGCUCUGCGAACUCGAACCAAAUGCGAACUACUCUAUUGCUAUUGCUGGGUCUAACAGCAAGGGGAUGGGGAACUUCAGUACGCCUGUGCGGUGCCAGACACAGGCUUCAGUGCCGUAUGAGGUCCCCCAGUACGUCAAUGCCGGGAACACAAGCUCGACGAGCUGUCUCGUGGAAUGGGGAAACUUUUCGCUCCUAGACAGAGGGGGUCAAGUACACAUGUAUAGUAUCAUAUACCUAGAUGGAGGAAUGCCACGGACAUGGGGGAAUGUCACGGGAGGUGUGACUCGGGCUCAUGUCGAGGGGCUCGACAAGUGGACGGAUUACUACUUUGCAGUACAGGCGAUCAACUCGGAAGGGCGUGGCCCUUUUACCGACCCCAAGGCGGGCUAUUGCAAGACAGAUGAAGACGUCCCUUCAAACGCGCCAAACAUCCUAUCGGUAACACCUCACGCGAGAAAAUGCGUCGUGUCAUGGUCGAUGGACGGAAUGCAAGCCAAUGGCAAUGUCACACACUACACGGUAACCUACAGUGGGGCUAGUCUCCCUGAAAACUCGUCAAUAGUCCACGAUCAGACAGAGGUGACAAUUGAGAGUUUGAAGCCAUACAGGGACUACAAUAUAACCAUUUCAGCCAGUACUUCAAAAGGAGAGGGACCUGGUGCCAACGUCACGUGUACAACUCUUCAGGACGCGCCCGAUCUUCCGCCACAAAACAUCACAUUCAUAUCGGCGACCUCCACUUCUCUUUCCUUUGGCUGGUCACCAGUCCCGCUCGAAUACCGUAACGGCGAGGUUACCGAAUAUAUAUACCAAGUACAUAAUGGCGGGGCUAUAGGUAGAACAUCUGAGAUGCAAGUCACUGUUGAUGGUCUUUCACCUUGGACCAACUAUACAUUCAAAGUACUAGCCAAGACGAACAAGGAGGGUGACUUCAGUGAGCCGGUGACAGCACAAACCGGCGAAGGAGCUCCUACCGUUGGUCCAGAGGGACUGAGUGGGUACAGCCUCAGCUCGUUUAGCAUAUUCGCGAACUGGUCUGCCAUGGAUGCAAAAGACGUCCCUGGUAUACUUCGUGGUUACGUCUUGUUUUACAAGAAUAUGAACAUCACGGACGCAAGCACUAAGAACGUGACGGUUGAUAGCAGCACUACCGAGUAUACAUUGGAAGGUCUUUCGCUCUAUUCCAAGUACAAAAUCGAGGUGGCAGCUGUCACAGUUGCCGUCGGAGAAAAGAGUCAACCCAUCUAUGUCUUCACGUCAAGCAAAGAUCUCCCGCCUCCAGACGUCAUCCCUGAGUUUGUCGUUCCAACUAACAUCUCAUCGACUGGCCUCUUAGUGCAGUGGAACCCAACUACUAACAACCAUCCCGACCCUGACGCGAGCAUUACCGGAUACAGAGUCUACUACAAGCGGGCAGGGUCAGACGAGGAGAUGAGCGUGUUUGCGAGUGGUCAAGAUACCUCUAGCAUAAGACUAACGAAUCUGGCCAAGUUUAGUGAUUACUCCGUACGGAUAGUGGCUGUGAAUCUCUUUGGGGAGGGAAAUAAGACGCAAGCGUACGAAUUCAAGACGGCGGAGGAUGCGCCCUCAGAACCACCAGCGAAUGUAACCGUGAAAGCUGUCUCAAAAAACUCCAUUGUCCUCGCCUGGGAGCCUAUCCCGAAAGAAGGGCGGAAUGGCAUCGUCGACGGCUACAAAAUCAAGUACUUCAAGACCAAGGAGGGAGAGGACACAGCCAAGUACGUAGACGUCAAGGAACCCAGCAGAUCCCGCCGUGCAGUACAGUAUGACCCGGAGGGCAACACGUUAACAGGACUGGACGCGUUCUCUGAGUAUGCUGUUCAGGUGAUGGGGUACACUGUGGCAGACGGCGUCUUGAGUCCAGUCAUGUAUGUCAACACGAGUCAGACAAGCCCUAGCGCGCCGCCUGUGAACAUCACCGCCUUCAACACCAGCGCUACGAGCAUCAGAGUUCUAUGGUCAAACGUACCCGAAGCCCACAGAAACGGUAUCAUCCAAAAUUUCGUUUUCAGUUACGGGGAGACAGCUCUACCAUGGAGUAACCAUAGCAACAUAACACUGACCCUAGACUCCCUAGCAACCACAGCAGAAGGGUACUUUACUAAGGAUCUGACUGGACUCAAAAUAUGGACGCUGUAUUCUAUACGGAUUCUGGCAUUCACAGUUGGCGACGGCCCGUUUAAUGCUCCGGUGGUAACAAGGACUGAUGAGUUUCAACCGUGUGCGCCUCCCGAUGACAUCCGCUUUGACGUCGUUUCUCCUUGGUCUGUGAUCGUUAUAUGGGACCAAGUACCGGAAAAAUGCAGGAAUGGCAUUAUCCUAGGUUACAAGCUCUUGCACGGACAAUUAAACGGAUCCGAGAUCCUGCAACAACUCCCCAACAUUACUACAGACGCAAAUACACGGCGAGUGGAGCUUAAGAACUUGGCAGUGUCCAGCUCAUACCGGGUAAUGUUGCUUGCGUUCAACAGCAAGGGGGAGAGUCCGCUGUCCUCAGACACGAUGUACUCAGAUACAAUAGGUUUACAAGUAGCACCUGGCAACAUCACAGUGGAAAGCUUCGUUACUAUCUCCUCAAUCGUAGUAUCAUGGGACCCUGUUCAACUCAAAUCAAAGUUUGACACCUUGAUGGGCUACAGGCUGACCUACACCCCGCUGACGAUAGGGAAACAAGCCGUAAAGCAUGCUGUCCCUAGGCACGUCACCGUCAGGAAGGAUACCCUCCGUAAGACCAUCACGGGCCUCGAGAUGUUUGGCAAGUACCGCGUGGAAGUGUCCGGGUUCACACGAUUCGGGGACGGGCCUAAAGGAGCUGCUGAUGGGGAAACAUGUCGCUGCGAACAGCGCUUGACCACCAACUAUCGCAUGUUUCCGCCCUACGUAGACAAAGACUUCUCUGGCAUCAUCCGGCCUAUCCUAAACGACUUGGCAGUCAGAUGCUGUCAUGUCUGUCAAUCACACGGCCACUCCCAAGUCGACUUCGUAACCAAUAGCAACGGCGGUCCCGCCAUGCAGCCGAGUGACCAGGCCGUGAAGUCCCUAAUAGGGAAUGCCAGCGACUUAAGUUUCCCCAUAUAUGGCUGGAACUGGCAGACGUAUUAUAGUGGCGCGUACCGGUACAUCCCGCUCAUCGACUCCCCGGGGUUCGCGUACAUCGUACUGCAGCCAGUGCCCGAAAAUACCGGUCAGCGGAUUGUGAACUCUUUGCUGGCAACGUGGCCGUACAUGCUCAUUACCAUGCUCAUUACUCUGCUAGCUGGCAUGCUCAUCUGGUUCCUGGACACGGCGAGCAACUCUCAACAGUUUCCUCAUUCUUUUGUGGGUGGCAUCGGGAACGGUUUUUGGUGGGCGUUUGUCACCAUGACGACGUUGGGGUAUGGUGACCGUGUCCCUUGUAGUUUUCGCGCCAAGCUCUUUUCCAUCGUGUGGGUCAUGUUAGGUCUGGUAAUCUGGGGAAUCAUGAAUGGUGCCGUGUGCACCGCACUAACUGUCAUGGUCUUCGAAGCCAGUACAUCCUUAUAUGGAACCAAGGUUGCUGUUAUCAAGGAUACGCCUGAGUUCCGCUUUGCUUUGCGAAAAAACGCCAAAGUCCCAACAGAUCUCAACUUCACUAAUUUCGACCAAGUGUUGGCGGCGGUCACAUCGGGUCAAGUCAGGGGGAUGAUUUUGGACGCAUUCGAGGCGGGAAGUCGUAAAAAAAAACUAGAGGCGGCAGGUCCGAGGAUCCGCGUGCAGCGAGUUUACGAUUACAAGUCAACUUAUGGCAUCGUGUUGUCGCGGAACUCGACUCGGUUAUACCAAUGUGCGCGUGGCUUCAUGCAAGAAAAUAGAGCCGCUAUGUUUGCGCGCGUCGAGAAUCUCACUGAUGCACUUAAGGGUAAAGCUAUGGUUUCAGACGCCGAAGAGUUCUCCACCGGUCUAUUCGAUGCGCAGUCCCCAGUCUUCAGGGCGUUGCUAAAGUAUAGUCUCUACUGCCUUGGGGGAGCUGUGGCGUUGGGCCUGCUAUGGGAACUCUACCUUCGCUUACAAGAACACCGCGCAAAAGAUAAACAGAGAUUGAAGGAAAAGAAGAACAGACUCAUCCUCGAGUUUCGAAAGUUUUUAGACGGGUUUCACAAGCAAGCGAUGAAGGUGACGCAGGAGCUUAAAGAAAAGCACGCGCGACAGCGAGAAGAGAUGCUGGCGGUUUUACGCAAGGAGUACAAGACGAACAGACCUAAACAGGUCAUCCCAGAAUUCUACUUGCAGCCUCUGAAGCUCUUCAGUCGAAAAGACAGCGAAGAUGACCACAGGCAAACAUACCGCCCAGGCAAAGGUCUACCAUCGAAGGUGGAAUAUACGGAUCUGUAUUAGUUAGAACCCUUUAUAAUCAACGCACUUUAAAGGCAAACUAAGAAAGCUUUUGAUAGAAGUCCAAUAAGAAGUAGUCCUAGACUGUUAACAGUGUAAAAAACACACUUGAUGUCACGGUUAGAGGCAUAAUUUCAUUUUACUACACUCACUCUUAAGGAUCCUUUAUAAUCAAACUACUUCGAAGUGCGAAUGAAUCGUGCUGGAGUUUCUUUCAUCUAAACUGGCUUUAUUCUUGGUUUGCAAACACGUGACCUAAUCAUAUACAAAUUAGCUUAUUUGACUGGGUUUCCUGUGGAUGGAGGUCUAAAAAAAAUUCAAUAUGGCGGCCGUACCACAACCAACCGUAGCGAUGUGCGUCGUUUUCCGUUCAUUAUCUGAAGAAAUUCGGUAUAGAAACGUUUAGGAAAUGCAUAUUAUUGCUAUUUCCUUGUGAUUGGAUAGAAAUUUGCGAGCGUCUAAAACCAGAAACCAGACAAGGGGUUCUAAUCAGACAUUAGUCUAGGAUCCACACAAAUUACAGAAGUUGCUAUAAAUAAUUAAGGAAACCAUUUAUAUAAUGCCUUUUCAUCGAUUCUAGCUGAUUUUACUCGUUAAAAAGGUAUUUUUAUUAUUAUUUUUAAGUACCCCCCCCCCCCCCCCCCUUGACCGUUUUUAGGUUCUGAUUCGGUUCUGAGGGAUUAGGUUCUAGGAUGACCGCGGUCCAGCAGGUAACCAGUAUAUCUCAGGUUAUGGAUUACUUAUACCUAUUUCGCAGUGCACCUCAAUUUGACCAUGUCGGUAGGCUCCGGGUGAGACGUCACAAACCCUACGGCAGCCACGCUUCUUUAGAAGGUUUGUAAGUGUUAACACCCCCAUGCCAAGGAAAGAACAAACAUUUUUAGUAAAUAAUACGUGCUUCUUGUGUUUAUGGGAAAGUGUAGUUUUCAAGCAAUAGAUAGUAAAAGGGAAGACUAGACUUACCAACUUCGUUUUGAAACCUGAAAAACAGCUCAGGUAUCUCUUUGAACUGUUCGAAGUCCAAACAAACGUACGCGCAAACGUACACAAAACUGCUUCUCACAUGAAGCCUUCGCUGUACAUCUCUAUAAAUCAUGUGAAAGAUGUUGCACCUUUUUGCAAAAGCAAAAUUAAUAAACGAAUCACACAAA